AUGACCCAUCACCCCUCUGUCAAGCCAUUUGGCUUGACGCAGGUCUAUGCCCCUCCGCGCGGGGAAAUCCCCACCGUCGAUAUAGUCUUUGUUCAUGGCUUGAACGGCCACCCCGAGAACUCUUGGACCAGCAAGACCUCCGGUUGUUUUUGGCCCGUUGAUCUGCUACCCGACGUCCUCGCUCAGUUGCGUCCAAGAAUUCUGACCUACGGGUAUAACGCAAACGUCGCGGCGUUUACCGAUGGCGCGUCGCGCGAUUCGAUCGUGAGCCACGCGGAAACGCUGGCCUCUAACCUUGCCGCAAACCGGAAUCUACGCAGUUGUUCCGAUCGCCCGAUUAUCUUCGUUUGUCAUUCUCUCGGUGGUCUUGUCGUCAAGCGUGCCCUUAUCUACUCCCGCAAUCUGUCAAACGAAAAGACCGAACACUUGCGCUCCGUCUAUGUCUCGACGUUUGGCAUCCUCUUCCUCGGUACCCCGCACAACGGUUCGGAUAUUGCGAAAUGGGGCCUAUUGCUACACAAGAUCUGUACGGCUGUCCUGCCCAAGAAGGUCAUGGAGGGUUCACCACAGUUGAUCAAAGCCCUUCAGACCAACAACGAGACCCUACAACACAUCAACAGUCUCUUCGCCGACAUCAUGAGCCGAUUUCAUAUAUAUCUCUUCCAUGAGACUCGUUCGAUGGAUGUACGUGGUACACGGGAGAUCAUCGUUGACGAAGCCUCCGCUGCACCAUACUUUGAGGGCGUUGAGCGAGGCGGAAUCGAGGCCGACCACAGCCACAUGUGCAAAUUCGACGACGAAAAUUCAUCAGGCUAUGAAGUGGUUGCGGAAGCGAUUCUCCGCUACUCACGCCAGGCACCUUCCGUGAUCGCUGAUCGCUGGAUCGAAGAGCGCAAAACUCGCACCCUAGAGAAGAAGGCCAAGGCCCGCGAGAUUUACGAUGGCGGCGCAGAAGACCCUGUCGGCCAAAGCAUGCCUAACUUGAAUACUCCUGCUACUGGUAGGGAAACCCACCUCCUUCCUGCGCCGAAAGAUACCGUUACAUUGAAGGAUUACGAGAUCGAGGAGCCCGCUGUUUGA